UCUUUUUCUCCACCACCUUACAACAACCAUCCUCCUCUUCCCUACCUACAACAUCCUCCCUCCUCUCCUGCUCCCUUCCCUAUCUCUCUUCCUCCCCCCCCUCCCUCGAAAGCAACGAGGAAUCCAGGAAGAAGCAAAGACUCCGAAAACACCACCACAAAAUGUGUCAACCACCCAUCGCCUAUGGCAAACGGCCAGUUCUUCGCGAGAAGAAAAGCAUAGUGAUACACGGCACAUGAACUGCACCCGAGUGUGUGCAACGUCCCGACAGAACCAAGCCCAUGUUUUGGGCUGCUUCCCUCCCCCAAAAGUCAGAAAGGGACUAUGGGGAGGGGAGAAGGGGGGAGCAUGCAUCACCGAUGCCGUCUCCUCCCCCCCUACCUCCCUUUCGCCCUUCUCCCUUCUCGACACGACCUGCAGGUCCGGGUGAUGAGGAGAAACCCAAAGUCGAACCUCAAUGCGGAGGUUCGGCAGUGGGAGAAAGAGGUCCUAUGGGGCCUGGCGUUUGCUUCUCCCCCUACCUCCCUUUCUCUCCUUACUCAUCUCCUCAGCCGGCGGGCGAGCGGGCGGAGAAGCGGUCCGUUUCUCGAUAUGAGAAACAAAAGUUAAUUCGGGAAAUGCGGAGGUCCAGAAGUGACCGAAAGAGAAGGCAUUAUGGGGUCUGGCGUUGCCUUCUCCCCCUUCCUCUAUUCUCCCUUUUCGACACAAAAAGUGUCUACAGAUGUGGACAUGAGGAGAAACGAAUAUUGAUCUUCCGAAUGCGGAGGUCCGGGACUUACAGAAAGAAGUUCUCAUGAGUUCUGGCGUUUCCUUCUCCUCUUCCCUUCAUUACCGACACCAAAGGAUCCACAGAUAUUCACAUGAGGAGAACCCAAUAUCGAUCUUCCGAAUGCGGAGAUCUGGGACUUCACGAUCAGAGUCCUAUAGGGUCUGGCGCUGCCUUCUCCCCCUCCCUCCAUUCUCAACAUGGCAUCCGGAUCCAGAACAUGAGGAGAACCCA